UGUAUGCUGCAUCGUUCCCACUUUCACAAUGAAUUUCAAUAUUUCCGACAACCAGGGAAUGCACCACGUGACAGCGUCAGAGCAGGAACUCCGAUAUGGCGGUGUGCAUAGCAGUGAUCGCAAAGGAGAAUUACCCGCUGUACAUCCGCAGUGUUCCCACGCAGAAUGAGCUGAAGUUUCACUACACGGUGCACACCUCCCUGGACGUGGUGGAGGAGAAGAUCUCUGCGGUCGGCAAAGCCAUGGCCGACCAGAGAGAGCUGUACCUGGGUCUGCUUUACCCCACGGAAGACUACAAAGUAUAUGGUUAUGUGACCAACUCCAAGGUGAAGUUUGUCAUUGUCGUGGACUCCUCUAAUACAUCACUACGGGACAAUGAAAUCAGAAGUAUGUUCAGAAAAUUACACAACUCAUUUACUGAUGUAAUGUGCAACCCAUUCUACAAUCCCGGGGACCCGAUUCAGUCCAAGGCUUUUGAUGGCAUCGUAUCUGGAAUGAUGGUGCAGCCCAGCUGAUGUCGCCUCCACCUUUACUCCUCACCUUCCACUGUACAUAACACCCCUGAUCUUGUGUUUCGAUGUUGCCUUGAUGAAUAAAAGACAAAAGUCUAAUAAAUUUUGUUGUUGUAAAUCA